AUGAGGGGCCGAUCGGCGCUGAUCUCCCGAGAUGCUGCUUCUGUUCCAGCGCCGCCUGGAGCCGCUUCUGGCCCACCUGCUGCUCCUUCUUCUGCUCCUGGAGCUUGUGCGCCCGCGCCCUGGGCUGGGAGGCUCUUGGGCUUCAAGCUUAGCAAGAGGAGGGUGGACUACACCAUGGUGGACCAGAUGCCGCCUGCGGCGAAGAAGACGAAGGAGGAGGCGGUGGUGCUUCUCGAGACCAACCUGCCUGCUCCGGCUGCAUCUCCCUCCGUGGAGAAGGGCAGCGUUGGCGCUCGUGUCUCUCUGGCCCGGUCGACCUCACGAGGCAUGGGGGAGAAUCCUCGGGAGGAGUCAGCCCCUGUGGCCCCGCUAGCUCCGGAGGCACCAGCAUCCGGCCCGGCUGCUGAAGUCUCCAGGGCUCAGGAGCCCGCGGUCUCCCGGGCUAUGGUGACGAUACCUUCUCCUUGUCCUCCAGCUGCACCGCUGAUUCCAGGCCCUUCUGCCUCCCCUGACGUCUUGGAGCGCGCUCUUCUUGAGAUGGCCUGGCUGCGAGAAGAUCUUCAGGGCGCCGACCCCUCCUGGUGGCCGGGCGCCUAG